CGCGCGCUCAGACCUUCCGGCUCUACCGGUGGCGCGGGCGGCGGUAAAAUGUCUGUUCCAGGAUCCUACCAGGCGGCCGCCGGGCCUUCCUCGGUGCCAACUGCACCCCCAUCCUACGACGAGACAGUGGCCGUCAACAGUUACUUCCCCAUGCCUCCUGCCCUCGUGCCGGGGCCGACCACAGGGCUGGUGACCGGCCCAGACGGCAAGGGCAUGAAUCCGCCUGCCUACUACACGCAGCCAAUGCCCGGCCCCAACGCCAAUGCAAUUGCUGUGCAGACCGUGUACGUGCAGCGGCCUGUCUCCUUUUUUGACCGUCCGGUCCAGAUGUGCUGUCCUUCCUGCAACAAGGUGAUCGUGACUCAGCUGUCCUAUAAUGCUGGAGCCCUCACCUGGCUCUCCUGCGGGAGCCUGUGCCUGCUGGGGUGCAUAGCGGGUUGCUGCUUCAUCCCCUUCUGUGUGGAUGCCCUGCAGGACGUGGACCACUACUGUCCCAACUGCAAAGCUCUCCUGGGCACCUACAAGCGCUUGUAGGACUCGGCCCGACCUGCAGGGCGCUGCAUGCUGCCGGAAGCGCUCUCCGCCUCUCACCCCAUCCCGCCCCUGGUGUGUGUGUGUGGGGGGGUCCCACCUCGGUAGCCGCAUCUCUCCAGGGGCUUCACCUUCGUGUCUUCUUUUGGGGGAAAAAAUAUCGCAAAAGUAACACACCUCCUCCAGAACCCCAGAGAUUGCUGCUUGGAGGUGUGCACAGGACAUGCAAAGACAUUCACCUCGAGUGCUGGUUCCCACCUACCGUGUCGCCAAGUCACCCCACCUGACUGUUGCCCCAUCGGAAUGUCUUCUGGCGAUUGGCCAUCGGCUGGCUUCACUUCUUGCCUCCGUGGGCCUUUCUGGGGGGAGGUCUCAAGCUGAGAAGCCACAGGUUGCCUUAUUUUUCAAGACUGUUCUGGCCCGAAUACGGCCGACUCCGCCUUUAGUGCCUGCGUCCGUCCACCUGUUCCCAUUUCUGGUGACAAAAAUCUUUGCCUCGUCGGCGAAGGGCUUGGCUCUCAGAGCCUGUCACUGUGGGCUUUUCAUUAGCACACAAAUUCACUUUACUUUCUUCAUUCCUUUUUUAAGUGCCAGGGGGAGCUAUUCCCACCCACGAGGUCCUACAUGUGAGCUGGAGAUGCAGGUACCGCGGACCUGCCCCCCGCCCCCCAACCCCAUUCUCGGCACCAGAUCCUCAGCCCCUUCCGGGGAAGGGCUUUUUUUCUUCUAGAGGAAUUGUUUGUCUUAACAACCAUUUUUUCUGACCUCCUUUUCGUCUUCAUUUUGAAAUAUAGAACCAUUUUUCUUAACCAUAUGAUUGCUACCACUUCCUAUUGAUCAAUGCAUUCUUUUUUUUUUUUUUUUUUGGUCCUUAACAGAAAAAGCAAUGGAUAAUUUUAUCCUUUUAUCCACUGCCUCUACUUGGGUUUAGUGCAGUUCUUAAAAACAUCUGUAAUGGGACUCUUCAAGGGGGACCUCUUUGGGAAACCCAGUGGUGUGUUUAGAGAGACAGAGGAAUGCACAGGGUGAGCACAUCUGGGUACCAUGGUGCUGGAGAGCUUGGGGACCUGACGCUUCAAAGGAAUCUAAAUUCUGAUUUUAUUUUUCAGAAAUAGAAUUUGUUGUAGGACAUCAGAAGACAUUAUUUCUAGGACUCAAUCAACAAGCCAGAGUUCUCAGUUAGUGCUGCGUCAUCUCUGAAAUCAAGAUAAAGCUGGGCUCGACUUCCUCGAGAGUCCCCGUUUUGAUAAUAAAUAGGCACAGGGAAUGCAUGUGAAUAAUAAUAUGUAGAAAUCAAGCCUAGACCUGGAACGAAAAUCUGUAUAUUGGCCAAAAAUUAUAGCUGUAACCAGUGAUCCAGCUUAUUCAUUCGAUGUUUUGAAAGUUCCAGUAAUUAUUUUUGCAACAAAUACGGAUACUUCAUAGUACUUUGGUGUUAUCUGCUUUUGAAAAAAUAAAGUCUUUGGUUCACUCAGUGAACUAUUUAUCAGUUC